AUGCAACCAGCUGGUCAAAUCAUUGAUGCAAAUCAGUAUUACUACACGACGACACCUGCACAACCUAUGGCUCCUCAACCGGGUGUCUCCUAUCAGUAUGCCGGAGGAUACUAUGCUGAACCUUAUGUGGUUGCACCUACGCCUUCGCAAAGCGCACAACAAGUCGUAAUGCCUGUCGGCCAUCCGGGAUUCAUAUACAUGCAGACACCGAGCAAUCCUGUAUUCUAUUCGGUACCGACAGCUCCUCCUGCUACUGCUACUACAGCUCAAUACUUCUACGCACCAGAUGUAUUCGUCCAACCUCAAAUGCAAAUUCCACAACCUAUGCCGCAGCCACAAACUAUAUUGCCAGCUGAAGUUCCAAUGAAUAGAGCUAAGUCCGCUGUACGUCCUCUGAGCACAUCUACUCCGUUACCGACAGAGUUUACUACGAUCCCACCACCGAUGACAAAUCAACUGCCAUACGCUGGCAAUCUCAAUGUUGCCCAUCUGAAAUAUCACAGGAACAUGGAGCAGGAUGAUGUGCUAGCCAAUUUAUCAAAAAUUUCAGUUGUCUCUGAAGAAACGAUUGGAGGGGAGAACGAGCAGGAGUUGGAGCGACCCCCUCGUCAAAGACGUCCACCGCCCGUGCCAUUCAACUAUAAAACCAGAAUGUGUCUAACAUAUGCAUCAGGAAAGCAAUGUGAAAUGGGAAGCCGUUGCAAGUUUGCUCAUGGUCCCGAGGAACUUCGUGUUGCUGACGCUCCACCUCGUGCUCCUAAUGCUAGAUACAAGACGAAACUUUGCAAAAACUUCGGACCUUACGCGUCUAACUAUUGCCCAUACGGUCUUCGCUGCGAGUUUAUUCAUCCUAACGAUAAGGAAUACGCGCUCGUGUGUCCUGUUCCAAGCCGCCCACCGACACGCAAUCCAAAUGUUAUUGAAAAUAUUUCUCAGAACAUGUGCAAUGUUACUCCAGAAACAAUAUGCGAAGCGCCUCCCAUCUCGGUGACCAGAAGUGCUGUAAAGCCGGCUGCCGAAAAGAUUCUUCUUAAAAAUCGAAACAUUGCUGGCUCUAUGAUGUGUCUUGCGACGACAGGUCGCCGUGAACACAAUUCUGAUGACAGUGCGAUUGGAUCUGGCUCUUCUGAAAGCGGUGGAUCGUUGGCACACGCAAAGGCUUUGGCAAGGGCUCGGGAGAACUUUCAAGUGCCAACCGUUCCGAUGAAAUUCAUUCGUAGACGCUCCAUGUCACAGUUGACUUUAAAACGAUUCAACUCAAUAGAAAACCUAGAUGUGGCCGCUUCAUGCUCCCAACUGGCUAAUCUCGAACUAAAUCGAGGUACCCUAACCGUUCCUCGAACAGGCAAUUGGGGAGUUCGUUCCACGAGGUACCUUCAGUUCCAUCUUACUCUCAUAUUUCUGAUUUUUGGCCCAUUGGCUUUAGAGGGAAAACAACAAUGGAGUAAACAAUGGGAUCUCGACAAGGGUCCAAAACUGAAGAUCAGAAGCUGGCUCAUUGAUAUGCUUGAAUUUUUCAAGUCAAUAACUCUCGUCAACAAAAUAAAGCUGUGUUUGUUGCUUAUGGUUGAUAAUGGUACUAUAAGUGAAGCCCAGGUAACCUCUUACAAUAUUAUAAUUCACGGGUAUCCAAGUCCUUUCACCCUUUCGUCGCGUGACGAGGACACAGCUGAUUCUGCCUGUUGCGGUUCAAUUUGGUCGGGCAUCUCAUAUAAUCAAUACAUUUGCAACGACAAUCCACACCUAUGUUCACUGCCUGUGCGUAUUGUGAUGCCAGACUUGACCAUGGCAAAUCAUAAAGUGACCGAGUAG